AUGGCAACCUUUCUCUCCUCCUCUUCUCUUCCUCUCCCUUUGCUCAACUCCACUAAUCACUAUAGACUUCAGGCGCCACCGUCCUUCUCUCUCUCGUUUCCUUUUUCGCAUCCUCUUCACGCCACUAUUACUGCAAAUUCUAGAAAAAUCAAAACCCUAAUUCUUGCUUCGUCGAAUUCAGAUUCUUCCUUCGAUGAAUUCGAGUUUAAGCUAGAGUCGCGUUCUGCUGAUAAGAAAUCAGUUCUCUCAGAUUUGAUACAAGAGAUAGAGCCAUUGGAUGUGAGCCUUAUCCAGAAAGAUGUUCCACCUACUACUUUGGAUGCUAUGAAGAGGACCAUCUCAGGCAUGUUGGGCUUACUUCCAUCGGACCGGUUUCAAGUUUUCAUUGAGGCUUGGUGGGAUCCUCUCUCAAAGUUAUUGGUCUCUUCAAUGAUGACAGGGUAUACGCUGCGGAAUGCUGAGUAUAGGCUUUGCCUUGAAAGAAACCUUGAUAUACACGAAGAAGAUCCUGAAAAACAAGCGCAAGAAAAUUCAAGAAAUGAUCUUCAAGGGACAGCGCUGGAGAGUGAAAACACAAAUCCAAGUUUUGGAAAAGAUACUGAAUUUGAAAAAAUCAUGGAAUACGCUUCCGAUAUCAUCAAUAUCCAAGGCCUUGGUGAAAUAUCCUCUGAAGCUCAGCAAUAUAUUCUUCAUUUGCAAUCUCGUUUAUCUUCUGUUAAAAAGGAACUACAUGACAUUAAGAGGAAAAGUGCAGCUCUCCAAAUGCAACAAUUUGUCGGCGAAGAAAAGAAUGAUUUACUGGACUACUUAAGGUCACUACAACCAGAGAAGGUUGCUGAGUUAUCAGAACCUACAUCCCCUGAAUUAAAAGAAACAAUACAUUCUGUAGUCCAUGGUCUCCUUGCAACCCUUUCUCCUAAAAUGCAUUCUAAGACACCUCCACAAUCAGAGAACACGUCAACUGGAUCACUAAAUAUUGGAGGUGAUUGUACUGAACUUGUUGAGAACACUUCGCUUCAUUUCCAGCCCCUCAUUUCAUUGACUAGGGACUAUCUGGCACGUCUUCUUUUCUGGUGUAUGCUUUUGGGGCACUACCUUCGAGGCCUUGAGAACCGAAUGGAGCUGAUGGAUCUUCUAUCCUUGUCAAGCCAUGAUGAAGAAAAUAAUUCCUGUGGAGAUGAGCAAAUUGCUUGA